AUGGGACCAAGAACGGAACGGGUACGGCCCGGCCCAGGGUCUCUGCUGGCGGGCGGGAGCCCCUGCGCCGCCCGGCCUGCCCCACCUCUGUGCGGUUGGUCGCACACAGGCCCUUCCCUGUCCCGACAGCGAAUCCCGACCGCGACUCCGCUCGGCGGCUCGCCAACCCCUCCGCCCGCAGCUGCCGCCCGGCCCUGGGGAGCUCGGGGGGGGGACGACGACACACCGAGGAGCAGCUCCCCGGGGCCGAGACGGGCCUUGGCCGAGAAGUUCGAUGAGCCGCUGGCCAUCGCCGUGCAGGGCCUCGGCCCGCGGCAGCAGGUCACGCUGCGGACGUCCUUGCAGGACGAGACCGGCGAGCUCUUCCGGGCCUGCGCCCGCUACCGAGCGGGGGACGACGGGGAGCUGGACCUCGACCGCUGCCCCGCGCUGCCGGGAGGCAGCUUCUCCGGCCUGGAGCCCAUGGGGCUGCUCUGGGCUUUGCAGCCCCAGAAGCCUUUCUGGCGGCUGGUGAAGCGGGACGUGCGGACCCCUCUCCUCCUGCAGCUGGAGGUGUUUGAGGGCCACGGGGACCCCCCCGGGCAGCUCCUGGCACAGGCGCAGCACGAGCGGGUGUUCCUGCGGGACGGGGUCCGGAGAGUCCCCGUGCGAGAGGGGAAGAUCCGUGCGACGCUUUUCCUGCCGCCCGGAAGUGGCCCCUUUCCAGGAAUUAUUGACUUGUAUGGAACUGGAGGAGGACUCCCUGAAUACAGGGCAUGCCUGCUGGCCAACCAUGGCUUUGCUGUGCUGGCUCUGGCUUUCUACGGCUAUGAAGACCUCCCCAAAGACAUGAAGGAAUUCCACCUGGAAUAUUUUGAAGAAGCCGUAAACUAUAUGUUACAACACACCCAGGUUAAAGGUCCAGGGAUUGGGUUGCUUGGAAUCUCGAAGGGGGGUGACCUGUGCCUCUCCAUGGCCUCCUUCCUAAAGGGCAUCACGGCCACCGCCCUUAUCAACGGCUCAGUGGCAAACGUGGGUGCAGUGCUUCGCUACAAGGACAUCACCAUUCCACCCCUUAGUUUCAGUGCAAAACGCAUCAAGGUCAACAAGUCUGGGAUUGCUGAUAUUUUGGAUGUACUGAGCAACCCGCUAGAAGGGCCUGACCGCCAAAGCCUUAUCCCUUUGGAGAAGGCCGAGUGUCGCUUCUUGUUCAUUGUUGGCCAGGAUGAUCGCAACUGGAAAAGCGAAUUCUUUGCAGUUGAGGGGAGCAAACGUUUGCAAGAUCAUGGGAAGGAAAAGCCUGAGAUAGUCUGUUAUCCUCGAGCAGGGCACUACAUUGAACCCCCCUUUUUCCCAAUGUGUGCAGCCUCAAUGCACCUGCUAGUUGGCAUGCCUGUGGCGUGGGGAGGGGAGCCCAAGGCACACUGCGAGGCACAGAUAGAUGCUUGGCAGCAGAUCCUAGCUUUCUUCCGCAAACACCUCUCGGGCAAGCCAUCUGGAAUAUCCAAUAAGAUGUGAUGUGAGUUAGGUUACUUUACAGAUGAAGAUGUUGGUGUUUCAAGUUUGUUUUGUUAAAUGGCUCUGAAUGAGAACAAAGAACAUCAG